CAGCUCUGGGGCAGCUCUGUGACCUUCUACCCUAGGUUCCCAGUGCCAUGACGAUUUCGUACACCCUCAAAGUGGCGGAGGCCCGCUUUGGAGGCUUUUCUGGGCUACUUCUCCGUUGGAGGGGAAGUAUCUACAAGCUCCUCUACAAGGAGUUCCUACUUUUCAUCAUCUUGUAUGCUCUGCUCAGCAUCACCUACCGGCUGCUGCUCACCCAGGAGCAGAGAUAUGUGUAUGCUCAGGUGGCUCGAUACUGCAACCGCUCUGCGGACCUCAUCCCCUUGUCCUUUGUCCUGGGUUUCUACGUGACCUUGGUGGUGAACCGCUGGUGGGCCCAGUACACAAGCAUCCCACUGCCGGACCAGCUGAUGUGUGUCAUUUCGGCCAGUGUGCAUGGCGUGGACCAGCAUGGCCGCCUGCUGCGCCGGACCCUCAUCCGUUAUGCCAACCUGGCGUCAGUGUUAGUGCUGCGCUCAGUCAGCACACGCGUGCUCAAGCGAUUCCCCACCAUGGAGCACGUGGUAUAUGCAGGUUUCAUGUCCCAGGAAGAAAGGAAAAAGUUUGAGAGUCUGAAAUCCGACUUUAACAAGUACUGGGUCCCCUGUGUCUGGUUCACCAACCUAGCAGCUCAGGCCCGGAGAGAUGGGCGAAUCCGUGAUGAUAUUGCUCUCUGCCUGCUCCUGGAAGAGCUGAACAAGUACCGAGCCAAGUGCAGCAUGCUGUUCCACUAUGACUGGAUCAGCAUCCCUCUCGUCUACACUCAAGUGGUGACCAUAGCAGUAUACUCUUUCUUUGCCCUCUCCCUGGUUGGCCGCCAGUUUGUGGAGCCAGAGCCAGGGGCUGCCAAACCUUGGCAGCCUCUGGAGCCAGGCCAGGAGCCAGGACCAGCCCUUGGGGACCUGGACAUGUAUGUGCCUCUCACCACUCUGCUGCAGUUCUUCUUUUAUGCUGGCUGGCUCAAGGUGGCCGAACAGAUCAUCAACCCCUUUGGUGAGGAUGAUGAUGACUUUGAAACCAACCAGCUCAUUGACCGCAACUUGCAGGUAUCCCUGCUAUCCGUGGACGACAUGUACCAGAACCUGCCUCCCGUCGAGAAAGACCCCUACUGGGACGAAGGCUCAGCGCAGCCGCCCUACACUGCAGCCACGGUGGCCGAGUCGUUGCGACCUUCAUUCCUGGGCUCCACUUUCAACCUGCGCGUGAGCGACGACCCGGAGCAGAGCCUGCAGGUGGAGGCGUCUCCUGAGUCGGCUCCGCCAGUGUCCGCCGCGCAGACCCCGCUGCUCAGUCGCUUCUUGGGCGCAGGAGCGCCUUCUCCCGCCGUGAGCCUCCGGAACUUUGGCCGCGCACGAGGACCCCCCCGGACCCCUCAUUUGCUGCGCUUCCGGGAGGAGGAGGACGGCGACCCCGAGGCCGCGGACUGCAUCGAGGAGGCGGUGGCGGGGUCGGGGGACCAGACUCAGGAGCUCUGAGCAGAGGCAGCCGGAGCCAGGCCGCCCAGCCUGCCGCCCCUAGGCCUGACCCCAACCCGCUUCCCGCCCAUUACUUCCCACUUUCUGGGCGGUGCCCCAUUCUGCCCUCCAGCACUAUUAGAACAGCACUUCCUGUGCGCCCUGAGCCGGGGCAUUUAGGGACAGACCUUGAAAGAGGAAGAUGGUUGGAAAGGCCUGAGCCAGGGCUGGAAAUGUGUCCACUUUGGCGGGAGAAGGUAGGAUCGAUUGUUUGGGGGAGGUGAAGCUGGCAAGAUACAUGGGGCGAGGCAUAGAGGACUAGGGCCCAGGUGGACUGUUCAUUUCCUUGGCAUUGGAAGGACUAGAUCAGUUCUCAGAUUUGAGGGAGCAUCAGCAUUAUUGAAGGGUUUAUUAAAAAGUUACAGGUACCACUCCAAACAUUUGCGAUUUAUUAGAUCUAGAAUGAAGCUAAAGAAUUUGCAUUUCUAAUAAGUUCCCAGGUGAUGCUACUGCUGCUGGUCCCAGAAUCGCAAUUUGAGUUAUACAUAAGAUGUUUAGGAUAUACUUUAGCCCGACAACCUUACUCUGGAGUCAAAGUGUGUGUGCUGGGGGACUUUUGCUUUACCUGUAAUGUUCAAUUUUUUGUUUGCAAUGAGAAUAUAUUUAUUACUGUGCAAUUACAAUUGUUUAAAAUUGAAUUGGUAUGCUAUAUGAUGGAAUAAAGAUAAGGGUUUCAGAAUCUGCCUUGGAGGGUGAUUAAACUCAGAUGUGAAGGCAGUCGUACACCACCCAGCCUAGACUUUCAGCAUCUGGAUUUUACAGAGUGCCAAGCCUUUUUCUGUUCCCACCAACCAAAUAGGGUGAGAAUAGAUAAUUUAAGGGGUGAGAGCUGCAAUCCAUCUCUAUGGUGGGACUGCAGUGCUGGGAGCACUCAGUUGGAGCUAAGAGCCUUAUGGGAAAGUCUCAGCACUAGAUUGGUGUCGUUGCUAAACUGAGCUCCUCUAAGUUUCCUGCCUUCUAAGCUUAGCCGCUAAAGGAACUAGUGAAUGUCAAAACUGACCUUUAAGGCCAAAGGAUGACGAGUGCCAGAACUCAAAGAAGGGGAGGCAGGAGUGUGUAGGCAGAGAUUGAGAGUGCAGCCUCUGGCAUUGUCAACUGACUAGAUUAAAAUGAUGGUUUUGAUUCUUUCCUGCUGGGUUAUUGAACAUUUCUAAGCCUCACAGUGGCCAAAUCUAUAAUGUGGAGACAAUAGCAUCCCACAGUAGCCAUUCACUGAAAAGGUAUUUGAGGAUUUUUGCUGGGCUUGUCUUCUGCAGAGGCAGUGGAGAGGGAAAGUGGAUAGAUUCCUCUACAAAGAACCUAUUGGUCCUGACAGAUUAGAAGUAGGAGUGAAGGAGGGGGAGGAAUAAAGAUCAAUGCCCUGUAAAGUUUCAAUUAGAAAGUAAAGGCAAAGUGCUUGAGUGUUGCUUUACUAUGCCUGACAGAGAUCUGAGUACACAUUAGCUA